AUGAAUAAAAUACAAAACUCAACCGGUUAAAUUUAGCCUUACACCUAUUCCUCCAUUAACAAGAUAAGCAAAUUUUUCUUUAUUUGGUGCUACCCAAUUCUAAAAGUACACUCUCUUUGUAAUACGAUAUUAGAAAGGACGAGGAACUCCAUUAUAAUAAACAGAUUUGUGUUAGAUUGCUACUGAGGAUUCAUCCCAUACAAGCUAUCUCAAAUAUCAGAACUAUAUUGAUUAUGCCAAGAGAGGCAACAGCUCCCUAAUUAGAGAUAUUGCAAGAACAUUUCAAAGUAUUUAUAUGGCAUAAAGAGAUUAGGAUAAAUGGUUAUUACAUUUGUUGCGUACUUUAUUGUAGCAAUCCUUUCUGCAAUAUCACCUUAUAUUGCCAAUGUUGGGUAGAGUUAUUUCAUCUACGACAAAGACAAAAAGAAACCUUCAGAGAGCAGUAUGGGUUAGUUUGUGAUUUUACAGUUAAUCUACAUGCUUGCCAUUACAUUAAUCAAACCAUAUUAAAUGUUUGAACAGGCAAAAAUAUAGUAUAUCCUUAGACUCUGCUGAGUGCCAAGAUUCAAGGAGCCUUGCAAUACAGAGUCAUGUAGAAGUCACUAAGUUUUGCCAUGUCUCUUUCAAAAAACUACUCCUUUGGAGAAUUGCUAACCAUCCUAUAAGUGGAUAUCGUAUAAGCCUCCAAUUAUUACAUUUACUUGUUCAGUCUAUGGACUUGCAUUCCGUAAUUGAUAGUUGGAGGAGUGAUCUUCUACGUUACUCUAAAAGAAAAUAGCAUAGUCCCUGCAACAGGGGCUGUUGUAUAAGUAUUGUUCGGAUUAAUUUUUGGCCAUUAUUAUGGAAUAAUUCAAAAAAGGUUUAUGGAAGCCAAAGAUUAGCGUAUAGAAUUGGUGGAUGAAUCACUUCUCUAUGCCAAAUAGAUUAAACUAAACUGCUUAGAAGAUUACUUUGAGAAGAGAGUAAUGAUUAUAUAUGCAUAAUUUUUUAGGUGUAGAGGCAAAGGAAAACUGAACUGAAAUACUUAAGGCAGUAAGUUUGGAUGGUUGUCGCAAUCAAAUUAGUGAUGCUUGUAAUAAUGGUAUUAAGUUGGGAAAUAGCAUUCAUUGUAGCCUCCAAAGUCAAUUUUUAAAUCAUCAGUACAAUGAUGUAAAAUUACAUUAGUAUUGUUAUGACUUUGGACUCAUUGCCAAGUAUUAAGAAUUCGAAAAUCUAUUUUAGCUCUAUUUAAGAAUUAUUAGAUGUCAUUAAAUUCCAUGAAUAGAAUUGAAACAUUCUUUAAAGACAAGGAUAUUAAGAUUCAUAGCCAAUAAAAUGAGGCUAGCAUCGAAUUCAAAAAUGUGAAAACAGGGUGGAAAAAGUAAUAGAGUGAAGAUACCAUAUACGACCUAGAUCUGUCAUAAACGGGCAUGUUGUAAAGAUAGGAAGAUAAGACUUAAUUCAUAGUUGAAAUUAAUAUGAAGGUCUUGCCAGGCUAAUUUGUCGCCAUUGUGGGCAGCUCAGGAUGCGGAAAGUCUACAAUUCUACGUUCAUUGUUGGGAGAAACUUACGUUGAUAAUGGAAAUAUAUCAUAUCAUGGACAAAUCAGUGUGGCUUCAUAAGAACCUUGGAUCAUCAAUGAUAGCAUAAAGAAUAAUAUUACCUAUAUGGAUAUAUUCAAUGAAGUGAAGUAUAAAAAGGUAAUUGAAUGUUGUUGCUUACAGUAAGACAUAGAUGGUUUUAAAUAUCAAGAUAAUACCAUACUGAUUGAAAAAGGAGAUAAUCUAUCAGGUGGAUAAUAAAAGAGAAUAAAUUUAGCAAGAGCAGUAUACAAAGAUGCUGACAUCUAUUUAUUUGAUGAUCCAUUAAGUGCUCUAGAUAUUAAAGUGAAGUACGAAAUUUAGCAAAAGUGUUUUGAAGGGUAUUUGAAAAAAAAGACCAGAAUUCUAUUUACUAAUUCAUUGGCUAAUUUAUAGAAUUGUGAUAUGAUUUACAUUUUUGAGGAUGGGAAGAUGAUAAAUUCUGGCACUUUUGCAGAAUUAAAGAAUAUCAAGUAAUCUCAAAUCAUAAUCAACACAUAAGAAAAUAAAGAGUUAUUGGAUAAGCAAUUCGAAGAGAAAGUAUAUAAGGCACCUCAGCAUCAAUUAGAAACACAAGCUACUCUAAUAUAGGAAGAAGAUAGAAAUUAGGGUAAUGUGGACACUAAAAUAAUGAAAAAGAUCUUUGAGUUUCAAGGGAAGUCGAUGAUGGUUAUCAUCAUUGUAUUUUAUGUUGGUAUAGUAAUGGCAUGUCAGUUAUAUGGGAAUCAAGUAAUGGCUGACGAUUCAAUGUAUUAAUCGUUAUUAUCACUAUAGUCCAGAUGAGGAAUACAAAAGACUAGCUAUCAUUUACUAUCCUAUAAUACAAAUUCCAGCGGUUAUUGCCAACAUCACUAUAAUUUUGUAUUUUCUUUUUAGGGGACUAAAAACAUCCGAGCAAAUUCAUGUAGAUGUCAUAAAGAGUUUAUUAAAAGCUUCGUUUACUAAAUUUUACAAUACUAUCCUGAUUGGAAGAUUGAUAAACAGAUUAGGCAAAGACAUAACAAAUAUAGAUUAUAUGUUUCCCAAUGAGAUUUACAACCUUAUUUUCAAUAUAAUAUCCCUACUCUUGCCUCUGGUAGCUAGCAUCAUUUAUUUGAAUCCAGUGGCAAUACCAGUUCUGAUAGUGUUCUUCCUUAUUAUGAUAGCCCUCACUGUCAUUUACUAUAAAUCACUUCGAGAAGUAAGUAGAAUGGAAGCCAUAUCGAAAAGUCCAAUCGUUUCAUUUUAUCAAUAGAUUUUGCGGGGAAUAUUGUUUGUGAGAAGUUGUUUACCACAUCAGGAAGUCAUAGAUCGUCAUUUGAAAAAUGUUGAUUUGGAUUUGGGCAAUCAAAUAAAUUUAAAUGGAUUAUAAUAAUGGUAUUAAUCAAUAGCAGGUACUGUAACUAAUAUAUUCUAAUCGCUCCUUUUUAUUGUUUGUGUAAGUGUUAUUCUUUACUAAUAUAGUUCUAUGCUAAAGGCUCCACUCCAUUUAUGACAUACUUGAUUUUGUUGCAAAUGUAGAAUGUAUCCCAAUUAUUGUUAUUGGUGGCCAUUUCUUAUGGUAACAUCCUUAUUUAUUGUAUUUCUUUCGAAAGAUGUUUACAUUUAGCAAAGUAAUGAGUUUUUUGUAAUUUUUAGUUAAAUUCCGUUAGAGGAGGAGGAUGUAUAGGAUUAUAUUCAGGAGGAGUUGCAUCACUCGAAUUAUUUGAUUGAGUUACAGAAUUGCAAUUUUUAAUAUCGACCAAGAACCAAGCAAGUGUUAAAAUAAUUAUCGUUAUAAGUGAAUAGUGCUGAAAAAGUAAUUGAUUACAAUAAUGCAACUAGAUUGGGAUUGUUGGAAGAACAGGGGCUGGAAAAAGUUCGAUAAUUAUGGCAUUGACGUAGAUGUUAGAAUGUACUGAUGGGAAGUUCUUUGUUGAAGGUCAAAGUGUUAGACAAUUGAGAUUAUAGCAGUUGCGUUAAAAAUUCAGUGUGAUUCCAUAAGAACCUCUUAUUUUUAAGGGAACUCUUCAACAAAAUCUAGAUCCCUUAAACUAAUAUGAUAUCAAAUAGAUUGAAGCUGUAGCUUAGACUUGUUAAUUGUUUAAAAUAGAUGCUCUAAAAAAGAAGGAAUUGCAAAGUGAGAUUCAAGUGUUUGGAUAGAAUUUGAGUGUGGGUGAAAAAUAACUAAUCACGUUGGGUCGUUGUCUUUUAAACAAACGGAGUAUUGUUUUGGUAGAUGAAGCAACUGCAAAUAUUGAUAGCAAAACUGAAGAAAUGAUAAAAGAUGUAGGAAUAUGAUUGUUAUAUGUAGAUAUUUGAUAAGCACUUCGCUCAGUCUGCGAUGAUCAUGAUAGCACACAAAAUAACAACAAUAAUGAAUUGUGAUAAAAUCAUAGUACUAUCAGAUGGAUGUAUCACGGAAUGCGAUACUCCCAGUAACCUUCUGCUCAACCCAGAUAGCGAAUUCAAGAAGAUAGUGGAUUUGAUCAAAUAGUCUGAACAACUAUGA